CAAUGACAGCUUAAAAGGAAACAAUAAAUAAAUUGCUACCGUCAUUGCUGCUGUCUGUUAUAUGUAUGCAUUCAUUCUGUCUAAAUUCUUUUGUUGUCUGCAAUUUCUAGACAACGUAGUUGAUCUUGGAUUGAUUUGACAAGAAUACGACGUCUGUCAUUUCUAAAUUUGCAACAAAAGAAAAAUUCGGUUUAAUUUACGCCUGGAAGUUAUUUCUGUGUCCAACUAAGUAAUACUAUACAACGAUGCAAAACGUAAUCAACUCUGUUAAAGGUACAGCUCUGGGAGUAGCUGAAUAUUUAACACCUGUGCUUAAGGAAUCUAAAUUCAGAGAAACCGGUGUAUUAACACCAGAAGAAUUUGUAGCUGCUGGUGAUCACUUGACUCAUCACUGUCCAACUUGGGCCUGGGCUAUUGGUGACGAAUCCCGAGCGAAACCGUAUUUGCCAAAAUGUAAACAAUUUCUAAUAACAAGAAAUGUGCCAUGCUAUCGGCGAUGUAAACAGAUGGAAUUUGUCGGAGAAGAAACAAUAGUUGAAGAAAACGACCAAGAUGGAGGAUGGGUCGAAACACAUCAUUACAAUCCUGAUGAAGCUGGCGGUUCGGGAUUAGAGGAUAAGGUUUGCGAAAUGUCAUUGGAUGGUUCGAAAACAGAUGACGAUAUUGCCGUUGACAUGGAUGAUCCUAAGAACUUUGAUGGCGAAGGUAACGGAGACGAUGAUGAUGAAGGAGCAGCCAUCGAUAUGGAUGAAUUUGAAGAGAGCGGUUUAUUAGAUGAAGUUGAUCCUUCGUUAGCUACUCUUCCUGUGGAGACAGUGAAAAAGAAAACGAUGGAUGCUGAGGGAGACUCGGUAGUCCAUACAAGAACCUAUGAUCUGCAUAUAACCUACGACAAGUACUACCAAACACCAAGGUUGUGGGUCGUUGGUUACGAUGAAAAUUACAAACCAUUGACGAUGGAACAGAUGUAUGAAGAUGUUAGCCAGGAUCACGCUAAGAAGACUGUAACAAUGGAAACUCAUCCUCAUAUACCUGGGCCUAACAUGGCUUCUGUUCACCCAUGCAAGCACGCUGAUAUUAUGAAAAAAAUUAUUCAAACCGUUGAAGAAGGCGGUGGCGAAUUAGGUGUUCAUAUGUACCUAAUUAUCUUCUUAAAGUUUGUUCAAACGGUAAUUCCAACGAUCGAGUACGAUUUCACUCAGAAUUUCAAUAUUAAUACCAAGUAAAGUUGACGAUGGAGAACACACAACCAAAGUUUCACAAGGGCAAUCAUUCUAAUUACUCAUUUGAAAUGAAAAUAUUGUUAACGUUUAUUCACUUUUUGAGUGACUCAGAUUACCCAAUUGCUGGAUGCCGAAAUUUGCUUUGAUAUAAUGUACGCUGCAAAUACCACAACACUCUAUCGAAAGGAAUGAUAAAACCUGUGUAAGGAUGCAUGCAUAUUACGAAAACCGCUAUAAAAAUCCCCUGAGGAAAAUAAAUAUAUAGAGAGGAGGAUUGCUAAGAGUGCCGUAAUAAUCAAAAAAGAAAGUAAACAAAGAGAAUCUCUCAUUGUUACAUACGUCGUUUUGAACAUUUUAUACAGAAAUGAUUUCUUAUGUCA